AUGAAGUUCGAGGAAUCUUUGCGUGAAGGUCUAGUACCUGAAUGGCAAGAUCAAUACUUGGACUAUAAACAUGGAAAGAAACUAAUAAAGAAACUUAAUAAACUAAAGGAAGAGUAUGAAACUGAAGUGUUUAAUGAAACCCACAAUGAAAAUAAUACACUCCUAGGAACUCUUGAUACUAAUAAUAUUAAACCUAGCGAUACAACUCCAUUACUUGAUUUAUCAGAACCUCAAGAAGCAUACACCAUUGAACCUUAUAUCCCACCACAAUCAGCAGCACAAACUAGUGAAGUUACAACAAGAAGAGCAAGACGUCGACUGUCAAUAUUUGAUUUUUCAAUUCGUACACCACCAAAUAAAAAAGAAGAAUUUUAUACUGGGAAAGAAAAUUUCAUGGAUUGGUUGAAUAAAGAAGCAGUUAAAGUUGAUGAUUUUUAUAUUGAAAAAGAACAAGAUGCAUAUGAAAGAUUUUUAUUAUUGGAAGAUCAAUUAUAUGAAUUACGAGAUCAUAAGAAUCAAUUAAUUAGAGAGAAAAGUAGUCAUGAUUUAAGAAAUCAUAGUCAUUCUUUAACUACUAAUAAUGUUGUUCAUACGGUUAAUGAUUUGGCUUAUCAUACUAAAUUUGCCCUUAGUGGAUUGAAUAAAUUUGAAUUACCGAGUUUACCUUCAAUGAAAUUUUUGAAAAAGCUUAAAUCUAAGAAAAAACAAAAAACUGAAGAUCAACUUUCUUUACAAAUUCAAGAAUCUGUUGAUUUGAAUUAUGCUGAAAAUAGAGUUAGAAAUGGGGAUGUUGAUUUAAUAGAAACUGAAACUUCUAAAUCUGAAGAUCCAAGUUCUUCAUCUGAAGCUGAAGGAGAUUCUGAAACUGUUUCAGUUCCUGAUGCCCCUCCUCCUAUUUUAACUCAAGAACAAAUUCAACAAUCUAAUCGUCGUGAUUAUGUGGUUAAAAAAGAAGAAUUUGGUGUUCCUUAUUUAUACGCCAAAAAACAUCUUAAACAUGCAUUAUUGGAACAUUAUCGAGCUUUAUCAUUAUUACAAUCUUAUAAAACUUUGAAUAGAACAGCUUUUAGAAAAAUCACAAAGAAAUUUGAUAAAGUAAUGGGUACUGAAAUAAUGGAACCAUUUUUGGAAAAACUUGAUUCAACUUCAUAUUUUGUCACCAGUGAUUUAUUGGAAAAAUUAAUUAAUCAAGUUGAAGAAUUAUAUAUUGCAUUUUUUGAUCCUGGUUCACAGGAUAGGAAACAUGCUUUGGAAAAAUUGAAAACAAUUGCCUAUACUAUAAAUGCAUCAGAGAUGAGACCACCUAGUUAUUAUAAAGAAAUGUUCACUGGUGGGUUAUUUUUGGGAUUUGGAUUCCCAUUAUUUGUUCUUGCAGUUUACACAGCAUUACAUAAGAAUUUCACCGGAGAAAUGCCAGAAGCUACAAAUUUAAUGCAAAUUUGGGCCGGGUUUUUCUUGGUUAAUUUGGCAUUGGUUAUGUUUACCAUUAAUUUGGCCAUCUUUGAUAAAUACAAGAUUAAUUAUAAGUUUAUUUUUGAAUUUAACGUGGCAACAGCAUUAAAUUAUAAACAAUUUGUGGUACUACCGGCAUUUGGAUUGCUGUUACUUUCAUUAGUUGGAUGGUUCAGUUUUAAUGAUUUUUGGCCUCAUAAAUUUCCUGGUAGAGAUUGGCCGUGGCUUUAUUUUGGAAUUCUUGUGGUUUUAUUUUUAUGGCCAGGUAAAGCAUUUUAUGGAACUAGUAGACGUUGGUUACAAAUUGCCAUGUUAAGAUUGGUAUUUUCUGGUCUUUAUCCUGUUGAAUUUAGAGAUUUUUUCCUUGGUGAUAUUGUAUCUUCAUUAACAUAUUCUAUGAGUAAUAUUGCUUUGUUUUUUUGUAUGUAUUCACAUCAUUGGAGAGGAACUUUGGCAGGCCAAGAUCGAGCCGAUAAUACCUGUACUUCAAAUCAAUCAAGAUUAAUGGGAUUUUUAGCUACAUUACCAAGUAUUUGGAGAUUGUUACAAUGUCUUCGUCGUUAUAUGGAUACUGGUGAUUGGUUCCCACAUUUGGCAAAUUCUUUAAAAUAUUCCAUGUCUGCCGUUUAUUACAUAACAUUGAGUGUUUACCGUAUUGAUAGACGUUCAGAAACCAAAGCUGUGUUUAUUGUUUUUGCCAGUAUUAAUUCUGUUUAUACAGCAAUUUGGGAUAUUGUUAUGGAUUGGUCUUUAUUACAAUCAGAUUCUAAACAUUUUUUGUUAAGAGAUCAUUUAUUUUACAAAAAACCAAUUUAUUAUUAUUUGGCCAUGAUUGCUGAUGUUGUUUUAAGAUUUCAAUGGAUUGUUUUUGCAUUUUUCGGUAGACCAAUUAAUGAAUCUCCAGCAACAGCAUUUUUAGUUGCACUUGCUGAACUUUUCCGAAGAUUUAUUUGGCUUACAUUUAGAAUGGAAAAUGAACAUGCUACUAAUGUAUUUUUAUUUAGAGCAUCUAAAGAUACUCCAUUACCUUAUGCUGUUUCCAAGAAAAUUGAAAAAGCUGUGAAAAAAUUGGUUCAAUUACGUUAUUAUUCUAAAUAUCCAGAAGAAGCUAUUCAAGAUGAAGAAUUAUCUCCAGAAGUUUUGGAAACUACUAUUGAAACACCUCCAGGAACAGCUACUGUAUCUGGUGCAAGUGCAAGAGCAUAUUCGUCAGGUAUUAGAGAAGCAAGAGAUGAAGAAGCUUCUGUUGCAGUUAGUAGAAGAACAAUGGUUAGUUCACAAAUGACACCACAAAAGAAAAGUACAUUAUCUAAGAUUAGUACUAAAUUGAAUCGUGCUCAUAUUAAAGAUUUCCAAAGAAGAAAAACUACUGCUGAGAUUGAAGAAGAUAGUGAUGAUGAUGACGACGACGAAGAUGAUGAUUAUAAUCUUGCACCAUUAAGAAGAAUACCAACAACAGCAUCAAGUAGGUUGGUCUCUAUAAGAGAUGAAGAAAAUGAAUAG